AACCGUCUCAUACUACUUAGUAUAUUUUCAUUUCUUAUAAAUAAGCGUAAAUGUAAAAUGUUUGUUUAAUUCUAGACCUUUCAACGCUGUUGAAAAAUUAACCAAUAUUAUUUAUAAUAUAUUAUGUCACAACACAGACGGCAUUUUGCCAAUUUAGUAACUUCGCUUGUUUUAUUUUAUUUCACUUUCAUUUUUUUUCGACAUAAAAUCACAAUGAGUAGACAACACACCUAGUGCUUGUAUUAAUACUUAAAUAUUACGAUUUAUAUGUAUUUUUAUAUAUCUAUAAUAUUUAUGUAUCUACGUAUAAAUAUUAAAUUAUAUAGUAUGUAGAAUUAGUUGAUAGGAUAUUCAAUUCGUUAUUAUCUAUAGCCCUAUAGGAGGUACCUACCGCAGUGUAAUCUACAACCGCCGUUAUUUUUUUUAUUAAAUAAACUAUAAACUCAUUAACUCAGCUGUAAAUUAUAUUUAUCUAAGAAGUUAGAAUCUUAGAUUCUUAGAUCAUAUAUUAUGGAUGAGGCCCGAUAAUUUGAAGCACAUAAUAAGCGCCGACUGCCGAGUCUCUGACAUUGAUGUUUAAUAUGCGCAUGCGUGAGGCGUACCGUCGCAAAUUUAACUGUUGGUUGUUGUAUAUAAUAAUAUGAUGCUUAUAUUGUUAUCAUGAUUUUUAUGAUACGAUUACAAUAACGAGAGUACAAGCCACUAAGCUGAAUUUCAUUUAUUUGGUUUUCAAUUUGGUUUUCAAUGUUCAUGUAUCUUUAUGCUGUUGUUAUAUUUUGCACAAUUAUUUCAGUUUACUUUGUUUCUAUUUUUACAAUGCUCUAAUUAUAUUUCUUUUAAUUUUAGUUAUCAAUACAGUACAACAAGAUGUUUAUCUCAAAUAUGUUUAAACCAUUAAAAUAUUUAAAUACUAUUAAAUUAAGAAAAUAUUUAAGUUCAAUGAUUGAUAAAAAGCAAAAAUUUUCUAUUCAAGAUGAAGUUAAAUUUAAAAUUAAUUGUAAUGCUAAUGAUAAAGAGAAAUUCAAUGAAUGUAUUAAACAUGGACUUACUUCUAAUGCAGUUCUUAGUAAUGAAUGGAUUUUUAAAAUUAAUUUUAAUCAUUUAAGUGCUGGACUGACAUUACUUAAAAAAUGGAAUCCUAAAAAAAUGGAUGAUUUGUUUGUACUCCUCCAAAUGCCUAUGACAAAACUUGUAUAUCUUACUAAAAAAACUCACUUAGAAUCAAAAAUUGUGCCAUAUGGAAACAGAGUCUAUUAUUUUGCAUCUACUUUUGAGAAAAAUCCUCAAGAAGUAUGUUACCAUUUGAUGCAUUACAAAUUUUUAUUUACACGGGACUUUAUAACUCUCAACCACAUAUAUCAUAUUUUAAUCGAAAAUAGUGUCAAUAAAAAUGAUAUUUGGAAAGAUACUUGGAUAUUUAUGUACAGCAUUGAUCAAAUAAAUCACAGAAUUUCUCUUACUAAAAGAGCAAAUUUACCAAUUAAGCCUUGGAUGUUACGAUGUAAACCUGAAGUAUUUGAAAGGACUAUAGAGAUAAAACAAGAAAAUAGAGUAGUUCUCAAUAAAGAUUCUACUGCACAAUAUUUAGCUAAAAGACUUAAAGUACCAGAGAAAACUAUACGUUAUAUUAGUUCAAAAUAUCCUACAACAUUGAGAGUUAGUCCUACUAAAUUGAAAGAAAUAUUAGAUUUUCUUCUCAAAGAAGGAUUCAGAUCUACACAUAUAUUGAGUACUCCGCGUGUAUUUACUCACAGUAUUUCUACUUUGCAGGAACGAUUAACUGAGUUGAGAGACCUUGGUGCUGAACCUACUUUGACUGCUUUAUGUAAAAAUAAAACAACUUAUCAAGAAUUAGUUAAUAAAUUAAUUUUGAAAAACACUAAAGGAUAUAAUAUAUAAAAUGUUGUAUUAACCUAAGAAGUAUAAUGUAUGUAUACCUUCAUGCCUAUAAUUAUCCAUGCAAUUUACAUUGUAACAACAAAUAAUAUUUUAAUUAAACACUUUGUUGAGAUAAUUAUUAAUUAUCCAUUUUUAA